CCUUGGCAAAAAAAUGCGUGAUGCGUCAUCGAAAACCUCUCUUCGUGGAUUUUCAAUGGAUGCCAUUCUUCACCUGGGAGGUGUGUCUAUCGCAGCUUUCAAACCGUUUGUGAAGAUUGUAGUUACGACUAAGAACGAAGUUAGUCAUCUCUUCAAGUGGUGGUACUAUACGACCGACUUCGGUUUGCACAAAGAAUAGAUUUGUGAUAAAAUCUGCCAUGAUCUGGAAAGGCAUCAAAACGCCGAUAUCUAUGUUUGUCUAUUCCACAGCUCUUCCGAUUAUCUUCCCUGCUCUGAUCUCGGCCUUUGCAACAACGACGACAAAUACGAACAUGAUUCCUAAACUAAGAGGUGUUGUCUUUGACAUGGACGAUACUCUCGUUCUAGCCAAUCUAGAUAUUCCGGAAAUGUACAAAAAAGUAUUCGGAAAAGAUCCAUUAAAUAGGGAAGACUUUGACAUUUUGAAGGAAAUCAAAGCAUUAGAGUGCCCGGAAGAACAGGCGAGAGCCCAUCGAAUCAUCGAAGAAAUGGAGGAAGAAAGUCGACAACAAAUGACACUCAUGCCGGGUUGUGUAGAACUGCUAACGUGGCUCUCAGCGCAUAAUAUUCCCACUGCACUCGUAACGCGAAACACCCGAAAAACAACGCAUAUGUUUUCGGAAAGACUCCAGGCCAUCCAACAAGAAAAAGGACGACGGGGACACGGAGACCUUGAUUUGUCUUUUCAAAAGAUCAUUGCGCGGGACGAUAUGGGCAGCGACAACACUCCUAUCCCACCAAAACCAGACCCUGCUGCAAUGAAAAUCAUUGCAAGAGAGUCCUUCGAUAUCAAAAACGAGAAGGACCUACCUUUUCCCGAGAUCCUGAUGGUUGGUGACAACGUUGCAAACGAUGUCGGCUUUGGAAAGAAUGCAGGAGCCUGCACAGCGCUUUUGGCAAGCGAUGAAAAAUACGCCGAUGCAGCCGAUAUUUUUGUGGAGAAGCUCACGGAGUUACCCAGGAAGAUUUGGAACCACUUUGAAAUCGAUGGUUCUUUGGGGAACACCCCAGAAGCGAACCAGUUACCUUUGCACGGAUCCCCACCACCAACACCCCAAUCGAAGCUAUGCAAGGCAGUAGUAGAUAAUGAUGUAGCUACUGUCCGAACCAUGCUCGGCGAUUUGUCUCUGGACGAGAUCACCGCUGCGGACGAGGAAAACAAGAACACUGCGUUGAUCUGGGCCGCCGAAAUCGGAAAUCUAGAACUGACCAGACUAAUCUUGGACACCGUCGUGGCAAAACUGAGUGAGGACGAAAACUACCGAAAGGAAGAACGGCUGCUGUCGUUCGUGAACCAUCGCGGUUUUCUGGGAGCCACGGCUCUGAAUCGUGCGGCGCGACGAGGGCACACCCACAUCGUGGAUUCGCUCUUGUCGCCGAAAGAUUGCGAGGUAGCAAGCUGUUUCGAUGCCGACGUUCCCAACGACAAACUGCAGCACCCGCUUCAUUUCGCUGCGUUCAAGAAACACCCCGAAACCGUGGCGUCUCUCCUGCAGUGCGGAGCCAACCCAUGGGUAUUGGAUCGCAAGGGCCGAACGCCCCUCGAAGACACAUCGUGUGAAACCUGCCAAUCGUUGUUGAAAAAGGCCAUGUUGUAAAGCAACUGGGAGUGAUGUCGCUCGAGACAUGAAUCUCUUCGUAGUAUCUACACUCAUAAAAACAACACUGUAGC